UCAGCACAAGACAAAAAAAAAAAAAAAAAAUCAAUUUUCUCGCGUUAGUCUCGUGAAAUUUUCCGGGAAAGCAUUGGCGAGUAAACUACACGAUCCCGAGAAAUGCUACAGUUAGCUUAACCAGCUACGCUCAUCAAGCCUCUUAUCUUCUUCUUUCUUUUCGGUCUUUGAAAGCGCAGAAACUGAGCCCAUGAAAUGAAAUCGAGCAAGUAAACACUGGAAUUUUUUCUUUGCUUGAUUUCCUCCGGAAAAGUGAAUUCUGAUCUCGAAUUGUGAUUCAAGAGAGACUUUAAGUUGUAUGCUGAACUGGCAAGCGGGUCUAUGGUGAAUUGGGUUAUGUGUGUAAGCUUGCAUUUUUCUCUUUGGAUGCCAAGAUGAUGCUGUCAAAAAUUGGUUCUACUAAUGGUGAUGGCGAUGGAAAUUCAAAUAAUGUUCAAUUGUUGCGUGACAUUGAGGCAAUAAGCAAAGCCCUAUACCUGCAGAAAACCCCACAAAAAGCUUUAAUUUCUCCAUCCUCUGUUCGAUCUAAAUCAGUUGAGAAACCUCGGUUAUCAGAAUCAAAGUCAAGCCUGCACCCAAGAACUGUUGAUACAAGGGUGACGUAUGAGAACAAGAAAUUAUCAUCAGUAUGGAAUUGGAAGAAUCCCUUAAAAGCUUUAGCCCAUAUUGGCCGUCAAAAGUUCAAUAUCUGUUUCUUCCUACAUGUGCAUUCAAUUGAAGGUUUGCCUCCAAGCUUUGAUGAUAUGAAUUUGUCUGUGCAUUGGAAAAGAAAGGAUGAGGUUUUGCAGACCCGUCCAUCAAGGGUCUUGAAAGGAGUUGCAGAAUUUGACGAGACUUUGAUGCAUAAAUGUUGUGUUUAUGGUAGUAGAAGUGGACCUCACCAGUCAGCAAAGUACGAAAUGAAGCUUUUCUUGAUUUAUGUAUCUGUAAUUGGGGCUCUGGGUGUUGAUAUGGGGAAACAGUGGGUAGAUCUCACAAGGCUGUUGCCACUCACUUUGGAGGAAUUAGAGGGGGAGAAAAGCACUGGUAAAUGGACUACAAGCUUUAAACUUGCAGGCAAGACCAAGGGUGCUACCCUAAACGUUAGUUUAGGUUUCUCUGUAGUCAGGGACAACUUAAUUGAAACCAGAAGGAAUAUGAAUGUCUCUGAGCUUGUAAACUUAAUGCACAAUAGGUCAUCUAUGGUAGAGAAAAUAAAUGAUGUUGGGCAAACUAACAAUAAUGGGAUGCUUCGGCGGGUUGGAAGUGUUCCCAGUGAUUUAAACCACAGUUCUUAUCUCUCUUCUCAGUCUGUUGAUGUAAAGAUUUGUGAUGAAGUUUCACCAAACCUGGGGUUGGAACUCUCCAAGUCAAUAAACUCUCUAUAUAAGAAACUGAAUGAGGUGAAAUUGCACAGUUCAGAAGAUAUUCAUACCAUACCUGUACAUGCGCAGCCACUCAAAUUAAAGACUGGUCUGGAGUUUGAGUCUGACAAAGAUAUUAGUCGAAAUGAUUAUGAUAGCAUUGAGUUUACUAUAAUUGAGAAGGGAAUAGAAAUGCCUAGAAAGGAAGACUCGGAAUCAGAAGAGUUUGAUGUUCAACUUGUUGAUGGUCCUAGAAUUGAAACUAUUAAUGUGGAUGAAAUUAUAAAGGAUGAUGAUAUAGAGCUUGAUAGGAAGACUAAGCUUCAUUUAGAGGAUAACUUCUGUGAUAAUUAUGUGGAUAUGGUUUCGGUGGAUGACUUCAAACAUGAAGGGAGUAGUUUUUGUAAAAAGGGAUCUAGCAUGGAACAUCUGGAGUUAGCUUUCAAUAGCUUUUUAACUUCAGAAUCUGAAAAAUUGGAAUCCCCACUUGCAAUUGGUGAUUUUUUAGAGCAGGAGAGUUACAUGGAGACUAAAACAAACUACAAGGCUGGUAAAGCGGUAAAGAAAUCUCUCAGCUUGGAUGAAAUCACUGAAUCUGUAGCAAGUGAUUUCUUGAACAUUCUGGGGAUAGAGCAUAGUCCCUUGGGUCUGACUUUACAUGGUGAUCCUGAGUCUCCUAGAGAGCGUCUAUUAAGAGAGUUUGAAAAGGAGGCCAUAGCUUCUGGAAGCUUUAUUAUUGAAUAUGAUGCAGAAGGCAAGCAAGAAGAAUUUCGUUGUAUUGCUCCAGCGGGGUCUGAUUGUGGAGAUCUUCCUGAAGAUUUUGAUUUCCAUAAGGCUAUUCAGGCUGCUGAGGAGGAGCACCAAAGGACUAGCCAAUUGUUUAACAGAAGAAGGAAGGCCAAGUUGCUUGAAGAUUUGGAGACUGAAACUCUAAUGAAACAGUGGGGCUUAAAUGAGGAAGCUUUUCAAAGCUCUCCACGCCAUUGCUCAGAUGGAUUUGGGAGUCCAGUUGAGCUUCUCCCUGAGGAGCCUGUUAAAUUACCUCCACUUGGAGAUGGCUUUGGACCUCUUGUCCAGACAAAGGAUGGGGGUUAUUUGCGGUCUAUGAAUCCUUCUAUUUUCAGAAAUUCUAAAAAUGUUGGGAGCUUGAUCAUGCAAGUUUCCCACGCAGUUGUGCUACCUGCAGAAAUGGGUUCUGAUAUUAUUGAGAUAUUACAACAUUUGGCAUCAAUUGGAAUCAAGAGUUUGUCUCAGCAGGCAAAGAAAUUAAUGCCUUUGGAGGAUAUCACUGGGAAGACAUUGCAACAAAUAGCACAUGACGCAGCUGUGCCUUCUAGGCAGACUUCCCUGUGUCAUGAAUCAUUGUCUGGUGCUAAGAUGGGCUCAGACUAUGCAACUCUUGAAUAUUUUACUCCCUUGGCAAUGGAUAAUAUUGAAGCCAUGUCAAUUGAAGGUUUGAAAAUUCAGUCUAGCAUGUCAGAGGAGGCACCAUCAAGCAUUUGUUCCAAAUCUAUUGAAAAUAUGUUGGCUUUUGAAGGGAAGAGUGCCAAUCUUGGUUUGUUUAUCUGUUCAGAAGGGGCUGCAGAAUCGCAAGCUCUUUAUCUUAGAGAUAGUGGUAAUGAUGUUGACAGAUUAUUGGAACUUUCUGUAACACUAGAGGAGUGGUUAAGGCUUGAUGCAGGUGCCAUUGGUGAUGAAGACAAAGUUAGUGAGCGCAUAAAAAAGAUCCUCGCAGCCCAUCAUGCUAGGUGCAUUGACUUCAGUCAUGGAAAAUUUUUGAGAGAGAUUAAUUGGGAUGAAGCAUGUGGAAGAAGUCGUGGUUUGUUGGAUAACAACCUCACUUUAGCUCUAAUGGUGUUGCUUAGAGAUCCUUUUCGAAAUUAUGAGCCAGUUGGUGCCUCAAUGCUAGCAAUUGUUCAAGUAGAGAGGUCUUUCUUCCACCUUAAGCCGAAAGUGUAUGCAACAAUGUCAGAGAGAAGCAACAAUGAAGAAGAGGAUUGUGAAUGGAUCCAAGAAGAAGACACUUGUGGCAACAGAUUGGACGAGGAGAAAGACGAGGAGGAAGUUUCACAUGGCUUUAAAAUCACUGAAGUCCAUCUUUCAGGGUUGAAUUCUGAGCCUGGGAAGACGCACUGGGGUACCAAAACGCAGCAACAAUAUGGGACGCGCUGGCUGCUUGCUAGUGGCAUGACCAAGUCCUCAAAGCAUUCAUUUUCAAAAUCCAGCGCCAUUGUAGCAUCAUACCCACAGUUGAAGAGGAAGGUGCAGAAUAAUGAUUUCUUGUGGAGCAUAAGCUCUCAUGCUAAUGCCACUCCAAUUUGUCGGAAGGAGUUGGCAGGUUUUGUUCCCCACAUACGAAAUCCCAAUGUCAUCUUUCCUAAAUGAAAGCAAGCUAAUUCUGGAGAGAUUA